CUCUCUCUCUCUCUCUCUCUCUCUCUCUCUCUCCAUUUGCAUAUUUGCAUUUGAGAGAAAUAGUAAAUUUGUUUGGGUACAUUCUGCUCUCAUAUUGUUGCCAUUACCAAAUUAGUUAUCGCAACUAAAUGCAACGGCUCGUUGACCACGUCCUUGCUGUUACCAAAGAGUCAGUUAAGACAUUCACUUAUGAGUCACUGAACAAUGUUGUGAGGUUGAUUAAUGGGAUGGCAGCACUAUUAUUGACAAUAUUGCCAGGGAACUCUUCUAUUCUUGAAGGUAUUCAUGGUUGGGAGCUUCGCCCAACAUUUCGUGGACCUAGGCUUCCACGAUGGAUGGAAAAUGGCGUCUCAUCCUUUAACCAAUUCAUCCAUGAGCUUUCUAUUGAUUCCAAUGCCUCCUCAAGUGUCGAGUGCUCAUCACCGGAAGAAGAUGGCGAUGAAAACAUUUGUCCUACAUCUCCUCUGUUACGAAGUUCUCGAGCAUCUAGAGUGAGCAGUUUUACCAGGCAGAGCAGCCACUGGGUACAUUUGCUCGGAUACAUCUUCUCAUGGUUCUUUUUUCCUGUUAAAUUUAUGUUGGGCAUACCUUUGUAUCUGUGUGGUCCAAGUAGAAGCAGUGGAGCCUCUAGUACGUCUGUGAGCCUUCAGCCUUCCAAUGUACAAGCUACCAAGAGAUUACAGUCACUGAGGGACCACUUUGUCCAACGUACCACUGACAGAAGGCGAGGCAUAGUUGAGGAUCUCCAUCUAGCAAUUGAGAUCAUCAUCGAGGCUGUCUUUGGAUUUGUUCACAAGGCAGCACAUUGUUUUCUUUCACCAAUAGUCACAUUUAUGAAAGUGGUGAAAUGGUUCUUUUCUUAUAUGAGUGGUCGUGAGGAUGUUUCUGCUGAUGGUUCAGGUGUAUCUGUACCUGUGGAUACUCUUUCAGAGAAUGAUCCUAUGCCUAAGGAACGACAGACAAGCUUUUAUCAUUCCCUUAAUACAGAUGCUAGGACGUGUCAAGAUGUCAUAACAGAGCUUGGGUACCCAUAUGAAGCUCUUCGUGUGGUAACUAACGAUGGAUAUAUUCUUCUUUUGGAGAGAAUUCCAAGACGUGAUGCUCGGAAAGUUGUUUAUCUGCAACAUGGGGUUUUUGAUUCAUCCAUGGGUUGGGUAUCAAAUGGAGUUGUUGGUUCUCCUGCAUUUGCAGCCUAUGAUCAAGGGUACGAUGUUUUCCUUGGAAAUUUUCGUGGACUGGUUUCAAGAGAACAUGUUGACAGCAAUAUAUCCUCAAGACAGUACUGGCAGUAUUCCAUAAACGAGCACGGGUCACAGGAUAUACCUGCAAUGAUAGCAAAGAUCCAUGAAAUAAAAGUUUCUGAAUUGAAAACUAGCCAAGCAGGUCUUGAAAAAGAGUGUGACAGUGAUCAACCUUAUGAACUCUGUGCGAUUUCCCAUAGUUUGGGUGGAGCUGCUAUUCUGAUGUAUGUCAUAACACAGCGGAUUUGGGAAAAACCUCAUAGGCUUUCAAGAUUGAUUUUGUUAUCACCUGCUGGCUUCCAUCACGAUUCGAAUCCUGUAUUCACGGUGAUGGAGUACUUAUUCCUAAUAUUAUCUCCUUUACUGAUGCCCUUUGUGCCAGCUUUCUAUAUACCCACUUGGUUUUUCCGCAUGUUGGUCAACAAGUUGGCGCGGGACUUCCAUAACUUACCUGCAGUUGGAGGUCUUGUUCAAACCCUGAUAAGCUAUGGGGUUGGUGGCGACAGUUCAAACUGGAUUGGAGCUUUAGGGUUACCACACUACAAUAUGAAUGAUAUGCCAGCUGUUUCAUUUCGUGUGGCACUCCACAUGGCACAGAUCAAACAUGGUCGUAAGUUCAUCAUGUUUGACUAUGGGAGUGCAGCUGCAAACAUGGAAGUCUACGGUUUCCCUCAGCCUUUGGAUUUGGGAGAGUACUAUUUUCUUAUUGAUAUUCCUGUAGAUCUUGUUGCUGGGCAGAAGGACAAGGUCAUUAGGCCAUCCAUGGUUAGGAAACAUUAUGAGCUGAUGACUGAUGCAGGUGUAGAGGUAUCAUAUAAUGAGUUUGAGUACGCACAUUUGGAUUUUACAUUUUCUCAUCGCGAAGAACUACUGGCAUACGUUAUGUCCCGCUUAACAUUAGGACAUUCGACAAAACAACCAACUGAUGGGAAAAAAUCAUUAAGGCAUCGGAGAAAUGAGGGACAACCGGGCAGCCAUUAAGGUGUAAUGCUGCAAAAGCCUGAGACACUAGUUUUUUUGGGGGUGGUUCAGGCUGUUUUAUAUAGCUGUGCAAACAUUCUAGGAUAGAUAUGUGAAAUCUAGGAAACAUAGUAUCUCUAUGUUAAUCCCUCUGUGUUUUUCCAACGGGCAGGGGAUGUUUUUAGUCCAAUGAAGUGGAUGUCUUCUCCUAUGUAUAUUCUCUUAUAUGUUGUAAUAGAAUUAUCUCAGGUGAAGAUUUGUAGUCCUGAGAAGUAGAUGUUUGUCCUAUGCAUGUUAUUUUUUGUGUUGUAGGAUCAGAGUUUUUGCAAUAAUUGUUGUAGGGAGUCAUUAUGGAUUAGUCUGAGGUUCUUUAAAUUUGAUUCCAGUUGGCCAUCUCCCUUGUAAA